CGGUGUGGUGUCACAGGCCCAUCCUUGUUUCCGUGAGCGCGGAAUUUUGAAAACAACAGCGAACAGCUGCCGAAAGCUUUGGUCGAGGAUCAUCCGAAAAUUGCCACGCAAAAUGGCAGACACGACAUUUUUGAGAUUGACAGCUGAGUGAUGCGGCGGCUGGGGAAAUGUGGGCUGACCUCUAAUAUUCAUAGACACCUAGAUCAUCAUGAACUGCAUUACAGAUGCAAACAUUGGGAAUUGGUUUAGUAGCACAAUGGAAGACAUUCGCAACAAAAUGCUUUUUCAGGGAACGGCUGAGAUGACGGAGACAGGCAUGGAUUGGGUUCAAACCCACCGAACGACCGUCAGAUCUGUUCUCGAUACGUGUUCAAAGAAAUGCAAGGAUGAUGAAAUAAUAUUUGAAACGAUAGACUCAUACAAAACAGACCUGGAAAAUAAAAAUGCCUCAUUGGUGGAGAAGAGAAAUGCCAUUGCGAAGAGAUUGUCUGAAGUGGAAGGGAAGAACGUACAGAAAAGCAAGAUCAUUGAAAAGAUUGAGAUGAUCCGAGUGGAACAAGCCAAGAAAAAAGAAUUGAUUGUGUCCCAAAACAAAGCCAACAAGGACAGACUGAAAAAUCUCAACAAAGCCAAGCAGGUGUUUCAGGGUCGGCUGGGAUUGGAAAUUAGAAAAAUUCAUGGAGAGAAAUUGCAGUUUAUCUUCCGAGACAUCAACCAAAAAGACUCGGAAUGUGUAUACACCUUCACGCUGAGGAUCAACGAAGGAGGAUUAUACCAGAUUGUGUCUAGCGACCCACCACUGGAUUGCAUGCCUCACUUGGAGCAGAAACUCCAGGAGACCAACAACUUCUCUGCCUUCCUUGCAAAUGUCCGGAGAGAAUUUCUCGCUCUAAAACCUGAAUAGUAAAAAAAAAGAAAGGUGGAUCUGUUUAUAUUUUAACGUAUUUUAGUAAUAUCCUGUGUGUUUUGUCUCCAACAUUGUUUGUAAUAUUAAUGUUUCAAUUAUAUGACGUCCAUUUUAAAGGCUAGGUGCAAUUUUCAAGUUGGUGGGGUUCUUCAGCGGCCCAAAGAUUUGAUCAGGCAUUUUGGAAUUGGUUUAAAUAAACACUUUUUGUACACACA